UGUUGACUAUUGCAUACAGUCUCGGGCUUUUGUAUUUGCAACUAAUUCUUUUCUUCUUUCAUAGAGAGCUAAGUGAUGUUCUUGAAAAAGAACACCACAUCACACCGACAGUGCUGAUGAAGCCUGGAGGAACAAUUGAGAAAGACAGCAGCAUGUCUCCCGGCGCUGAUGACGGCACUGACAUGGAGCCAGAAUUGUCAACGGGCAAACCCCUGACAAGGCCUGCAUCAGCUGCAGGUGUGAAUGCACACCCUAAGGGUGCCUUGCGAAGAAAAAAGGACAGCACAUCGCUGAAUGCCCUCUUAAGAGAAUUUAAGGAGGCGAAGGAAGAGCGGGCCGAACGCUUUGAUAGGAAAAUGGCUUUGUUAGAGCGGCUGGUUACAGCUGUGGAGAAAGUUGCCACAACGGCUCCUGAAUAA